AUGGCAAACGAAACGGUUGAUAAUGCAUGGGAAGAAAGGUGGAAAGAAGGCAGAACGGGAUGGGAUCAAUCGCAUUCACACCUCUCACUCGUAUCGCUAUUGAGAUCGGAUCUGAUAGACAAAAUGGGUAUACCGAAAAAGGGCAAGGCGCUUGUACCUGGUUGUGGGACUGGCUAUGAUGUGUAUACUUUCGCUUCAGUAGGCUUAGAUGCUGUGGGGUUGGAUCUGGCGCCGACGGGUGUGGGAAAGGCUAGAGAAUGGCUUAGCAAACAACCAUCAACGAGCGGAUCGACUCAGGUCGUAUGUGCCGACUUCUUCGAGUAUCAGCCACAGGAGAAGUAUGAUUUGAUAUAUGACUACACCUUUCUAUGCGCCAUACCUCCUACUCUGCGUCACUCUUGGGCUUCCCAACUCACCGAGCUGAGUAACUCUGACGCACGACUCAUCACACUCAUGUAUCCCCUUCCACCUGUCUACAACGAACCUCCACCAUGGCCGUUGACAGUCGAGAAAUACCAUGAGCUCCUGGAUGAACAUUGGGAGAUGUUACUGGACAAGGAAGUACCACCGGAGGAGAUGAGGACUACUGGAGCUAAAGGUGGAGAAAGAAUAGCUGUUUGGAGGAAGAGGCCGUGA